GUAUAAUAAUGUUUGUGUAUCACUAAAAAUACAACUGUCCAAACCAGUUGGCAAUAAAUCUAUAAAUUUUCAAGUUCAUUUUUAAUAAUAAGAAACGGUUAAAUUAUUUCAUUUUGUUCUAAAAACCAUGUAACUUUGAAGGCAAUACUAUUUUAUAGAAGCAAAGACCUACAAGUUUUACAAGUCAUCUUUGAAACAAGAAACAAAAUGCCAGCACAAGCAGGGGCAGACAAAGUAAACAAUUCUUUGUGGUCAGAGGAGCGAAAUCCAAAUAAUCGGCAUAUAUUACCGCCAAUAGGCGUUGCCGUUGUUUUAAUGACACUGUAUUUAGCUGUGCAGCAACAUUUUGUGAGUUGUUCCUAUCAGUCGAGCAGUAAUCUUCCCAGCGAAAACAUAUGGUCUGACCUGGAAAAUGAUCUAAAAACGCAACAGCAAAACGGAAAUAAUCAGAACAGCAUUUUAGCCAGACUAUUAGAGUACGAGCAUAUCUGUAAGGAUUUGGAGAUCUUUACUAAGAAAUUUAAAACCACUACACUUGCGAAGGAAACCGCUUUAGAAGAUAAUGAAAAUGUCGAAAAUAUUGAAAAACAUGAAUGCGUUGGGACCAAAAAAACAAGCCCAGCAAAAAAUAAGCGCAGAUCGAUUGUUCCUGCAAAUAAAUCAACAAAAUACAAAUUUCCGGUUAAUACAAAGAAACGGCAUGAAAGUAAAAAUAAGAACUCAACAGCUGAACCCAUAAUCUAUAUGUUCGCUUUGGUUUUUAUAUAUUUAUUGCUGAAGGCGGCUUCUGAUAUUAAUCAACACUAUAAAACGCAAAAUAAAAACGAUAAACGUUUGAGACGAUGUUCCUUGCAAUCGUACGCCCAAAGUCGCCGGUCGACAGCGGAUCGUCGUGCUUCAAAAGAAAUGUACCAUUCACGAUUGGCGUCCGCCCGUUCCCUAUCGGCUGACCAUUAUCAAUUUGGAGAACGUUUGUUCACGGUUACACACAUGACUGCAUCAGCGUUAAACGAUUCGAGUGAGAAACGACAGCCAAUCGUAUCUGAUAGUACUUUACCAAAAAAUUGGCAAAUUUUGAAGCAAAGUAUCAAAAGCGACAGGUUUGCUGUGACGAAACGCACAGAAAUGCCACAUUCGGAGACAGGGCCAGUUGGUUUGGCGUUCCAAAUGCAAAAGAUCACCUCUUCCGCACAGGCUAUUACAAGUUUGUCCAUUUCCAGGCGACCAUCUGUUAUUGAUUCGCUUGAAUUGAACGAAUCUAAACGACGUGUACGCAUGAUUCGUCAUUAAUUUAAAAUUAAGAAAUAUUCUGACGAAAAUCAAUGUAUAAGAGGGAUGGCGACCAAUAAUGAGAUUUUUCUGACUACAUAAACAAUAAUAUUUUCAUGGGAGAUAUUAAGAGCAAUUUAUUCCAGCCAUUGUUCUCUAAAAAUUGGAUCUGUCAUUUCAAAAAUUUUCCUCCUUCUUUAUUCUCUUAUUCAAAAAGAGCUUGUACCGAUUAUUCGAAAGAUUAUAUCGAGUACGGGAACAUUUCCAUUUGGAAAACUUUUCUUCCUCUUCCUUUUCACUUCCAAAAUUUACAUAUCGAAGGCAUAAUACAAAUUUUUAAAUCAUAUAUUUUCGUAUAUAUUGGUAACCGAUAUAUAUUUACGUCAGAUAUUUUAUUAUCGAAACAAUUAACCUUGAACGGGCCGGAUGUCAAGGCUCCGAACAUAUGCUUACAUACAAGUAAUUAGCAUUAUUGUGUAGCGAGUAAAAACUUUCUUGUUACUUGUCAAAGUCAUUUUAAUUAAUUAAUAUUUAGGUUCUUUUACAUUUAUGGGCAAAAUAAGAAUUAGUAUAAAAGGAGUAAAAGCUCCUGCUACCUCCCCAAGAGAGAUGAGAAAGGAAGGAAGAAAAUAAUGUAUUCAUAGCAAAAUUCGAUUUUAACAUAACAUUUCUAGUUUACAAUGGCUGAAUGGGACUGCCUGUCACAUUAAAAAAUGCCAAAAUUUUAUCUCUCACCUUGUUUAUGCGUUUUACUGCCAUAUAUACUUUAAGUUUUCUUAGAAUCUAAAAUUCAUUAUAAUAAGGGAAAAGAAAGUAUAAAUGUAUAUUUUAACAAGUAAGAAAGUUAUAUUCGGCAGGGGCCGAAUCUCGCAUAUCCACCACAAUACUCUUCUCCCUCUCCAACUUCUCUUAUUUGAUAACCAUUUUAAGAAAAAAAUUAAAUCACCCGAUCGCGGAGAAUUAUAAUUGCAUGCAAUUAAGCCAUAUAUGCUUACCCCAAGAAAUACUUUUAAUCCUAAAUACCCCAAGACCUUAUGUAUUAAACUUUCAUCAUAAUUAAGAUUAUAGCUAACACACUUUAUCGCAUUCUACUCUUCAAUUUCUUUCAUUUGAUAGCUAUAUCGAAUAGAUUUAGUAGGAUUAAGUUGUGACGUGUGCUUCAAUUAAUUUGGAACUAACGCGUUUAGCUUUUCGCAUUCUACUCUCCAAGUUCUUUUAUUUGAGACCCAUAUCGCUGGUAUUAUUAA